AUGGCAUCGACAACUUCCGGCAGUGCCAUCGGCGAAUUGCGGUGCGUUCAGCGAUACGUGAAUUCCAUUGGCCGUCCGAAUGGUCGUGUGGGUCCGGCCAGACGCGAUCAAGAGACCCAGCGACAGCACAUUCCCGAUUUGGUUGAAGAAGAGGAAGAGGAGAAGAGCAUAGAUGCUGAGCAAGGCAGAGAUGACGAUACAGGAGAUGCGGACAUUGGCAAGGUGGUGGAAGAACGAGUGGUCCAGGAUAAGCAAGGGAGAGACGCCAAAGCGCCCACGGAGAACCGCAUCUCUCGACGACAGCGAAGGCACCAGGUUCCAGCAGCAGCAUCUCGCAAUCUCGACACGGUUGCGCUCGACUUCGCCCGCCUUUCACUCAUCCAGCACAAGGAGGAUCCAUUCAAGUCUGCAAGCCCCAUCGCACCAGGAACACCAACCCCCCGCGAACGCUUCCCACUGCCAGCAGAUCGCGGACUGAUUCUUCCGCCAGUAGAGGGUAGGGAACGGUCGUCCACACCCAUACUGUUCCACACGGGAGAGAGAACGCAGGCAUCCAGGCGAAGAGUAACAGAGCCUCCAGCGACACCACGGCAUUCUGGAAGGCUGAGCCACUGGUUUGGUAAUGAGAGCCGCCCGGAGGCUAGUCCAAGAAAGCGAAUCACACUGCAGGAGGCUCUUGGAAUCCAAUGA